GGAUCUACAAAUGGGCAAGUCGAAAUCGUUAAUGAAAAUGAAGAAAAACCCACCGUUGAGGUUAGACCCAGAAGAUUAUGACAUCCAGUCGUCAGUUAGUUCCUUAGUGGGCCAUAAAGACGACAAACCUGAGGGUCAUAACCCCAUCAUGAAAUACUCUCUUAACGAACUCUUCGAGAACCCUCCAGUAUUUGACGCCCCAAUCAUCAACUUUAACGACGACCCAUCACAAAAUUCCUGGAAACUGAUCGCCAACAAGGUGCUUUCAUCAAAAGGGAGAAAUAAGGAAAUUGAAGGUAAUAAGAGAGGAAAUUGAGCACCUAAGAAUAAACCAGGAAGGAAUAUAGGCCUGAAGAGGUCAAGGUUCAAUAGAAAACCUCGUUCGAUUAAGAGAAUGUCUACACUCAGAGCGAGGAACUGAUUGAAGAAAGCAAGCAGGAAGAUCUCUUCGUCUAAAGAGUCCACCGAUACUAUCAGAAAUAUCUCCAAACAACGGCAAGUCUCAACUAAACGGGGAAGAUUCAACAGCACUGAUACGUUCAAGGGGUUUAAUCCCAAAGCUAGUGAAAUCUGUCCUAACUUUAUCAAAGCAGAUAAGAUUCAAAAGAGCUCAGCCAUUCCAAUGAGAAAUCUCAACUUGGCAGAGAUCAAAGAAGAUAUGACUCCAUUAUUUCAAGAAAAGUCAGUAAAUCUUGAUCAAUCUGAGGGAUUCCAAGAAUGUCUUGUCAAAAGACUCUCCUCAGGAAUUUCGUCUCCUGCCAAAAGUGUUAGUUCUGAUGAAAAUCCUAUCCAAAUGAAAAAGUUGACCAAAACCCGGCUAUUAGGAAAAGUUUUUAAAAUUCCCAAUUCGGGCUUUAAAAAGAGGAAUUACAACAAAUCAUUGGAGCUCACCAAAGGUCCUAAUAACAGAAGUAUCAACUUACUUGCAAAGAGGUUCCAAAGGAGUGUACAAAACCCAACAGAGGAUCUAAAGAAGGCUAAAAGGAAUUCAGACAGAAAUAAAAUAAAAUCAGCACAUAGACAUCAGACUUUUAUACCUAAAAAGAUGAAAGCUCCUUUCAAUUUGAUGGAGUCUUUUCAAUCAGAAUUGAGUAAAGUAAAGGCAGAUAUGGACAAAUGCUAUUCGCUGGGAUAUGUUACUUUAUUAAACAACUCUGGCCGUGCAGACCAUAUCAACAAGAGCAAAAUCAAGAAAUAAAUCAAAAAAUAAUUUUGAAAAAACUCUAAAAAGGAAGAUUGGUAAAAACUCUAGUAGAGCUCAGAGACCUUUCACACCAGGGAGACCUUGGCAUUACUUGAACCCAAGAGCAGUGUUUGCAGUUGGAAUGCCUCUCCAAGUUGCUAAAGCCAACACAAAUAGGCCAUAUUAGGAUUGCUAGAAGCAUUUUAUGAACC